GAGGAGAUAAGAUUUUCCUGACACUGAACGAACGUGAACAUCAUCUUAUACUAAUAUUUUUAACCGAUCAGUGUAACCAAAGUAAAUUAAUCAGAGUUCAGUGAGCAUGGGCAUUUCUAAAGAUUUAUAACACAUAAAGUAAAAACAAAAUUACCCAUUCUGAACUAGAAAGUUUGCUUUUAGUAGGAAAGUAUAUACCUGGUCUUCCUUUUUAACACACAUCAAUGGAAAUGUUACCUAAUGGACUUGGCUUCUCUUCAUCUGGAAAACAGAACUUCAGAGAUGUUGGUGUUGCAGUAAACGAUAUUGAAGCUCCAGCAAACUCUUUGCGAGAACCCGCUACGAAUUUGGAUAACACCAAGGGAGAAAACUUAGUCUUUCGUAAGUCGAUAAUUUCAACAAAAACGGAGCACUGCUGUGACCUUUUCUGGAAAAAAAAACACACUACAAUCACACUUUGUUGCGUUUUCUUGAGCUUUGGAAUGUGUGUGGCUUUCUUAGGUCCAACUCUGUUGGACCUGGGCUGUAAGACUAGUACAGUGUUCGCUACCAUGUCAUGGGUGUUCUUCAGUCAAUCCCUGUCUGUACUCCUAGGGUCAGUCUGUGGAGGGCUCUUACUCAAAAGAUUUACCACAAAUGUGAUGCUAAUAGUGGGAACAACAGUUAUGACUAUCACCAUGGCAAUUAUUCCUUUCUGCAAUUUACUCUGGACGUUGGGUGUUGUGUUGGCUAUAAUGGGGUUUUUUAUGGGCACUAUCGAUACAGUGGCAAACGUCUCCAUGAUCCAGCUGUAUGGAAAGGAAGUGUCACCGUUUCUCCAGGCACUUCAUUUUUUCUAUGGAGUUGGAGCAUUUUUAAGUCCAAUGAUAGUACAACCGUUCCUCUUGAAUCAGGACUGUUCUCACUUCCUAGACAAUACCACAGAAGUUGUCAAUGAAUACGAAGAAAACUAUUCCCUGUCUGCCACAACACUCGCUGAAGCGCAGAGCAAAACCCACAUUGACUUAGCUUUCUGGAUCAUGGCACUACUGAUGGUUCCCGUUGUCAUUCUUUCAUUGAGUCUCGUAGGAAGACAAGAACACAAAGGGACCUAUCCAAUAAACUCGACACACACUACAUCAAACACGCAGAAUAUGUAUGGAAAUAUAGAUUGUGAAGACAAGAAAAAAGAUGCGAUGUCCCACGUAGUCCUGGUGACAGUUUUAUGUACAAUCAUCCUUUUCCUCUGUGAUGGAUUGCAAGCAGGAUGUGGAGGAUAUAUUUACUCGUAUGGAGUAAAGGGCCCUGCUGGACUACCACCAAAUAAGGCUGCUUUUCUAAAUGCUUUGUUUUGGGGGAUGUUUGCCGGUGGGCGACUCAUUUCUAUUGUACUAGCGACAAAACUUUCUCCAGCUUUCAUGCUACUGUGUAACUUUGUGGGCUGUACAGUUGGAAUUAUCUUGAUAAUAAGUUCUCCCAGUUGCCAGACAUCACUGAUCCUUGGAGUUUGCUUAUUGGGGGUUUUCAUGAGCAGCGUUUUCCCGACUGUACUUUCCCUUUCUGAGCAGUACGUAAACAUUACCCCAACCAUUACAAGUAUUCUUGUGUUUGGCGCAACCUCGGGAGAAAUGUCUCUGCCAGUCAUCGUUGGUCAUGAGUUUGGCAGAACUGGUCCAAUCAGCUUCGUCGUCAUUGGACUUGUGUUAUGCUUUCUCUUAUUAAUUUUCUACAUGGCGCUGUGGUUGGUUGGUCACAACAUGAAUUACUCAGCUUCAUCCGGACUGAUGGCCUUUCUCAGGAGGAACAUUAUCACCAAGAUGUCAGCUGAGCGCAAGUCUUCGGGCCUCAUGAGGGAACAUGUGUGUCACUACUCACGCAUAACACCCGAACACUCGGAAAAUGGUGUUGGAGAUAAGUACAGCGACUCGGAAAGUGAGGAACUGCUCCAAACUCGCUAAGAGGUGCGAUCCUACCUUUAUAUAGUUCGGUCUUUAAACUGUUAUUAAUACCAGUCCUACGUUGUAGUCCGUCUUUGAAUCUUUAUCAACACCAGUCCUACUUUUGUGUAGUCCGUAUUUAAACUGUUAUUAAUACCAGUCCUACUUUGUACUUCAUAUGUGAACUGUUAUUAACAACAGUACUACUUUUAUGGAGUUCGGUCUUUAAACCGUUAUUAACACCAAUCCUACUUUUGUGUAGUUCAUAUUUAAACUUAUUAGCAUCAGUCCUACUUUUGUGUAGCCCAUAGUUAAACUUUUACUGUUUUCAUAACUUUUGUGAAAUUGAAUUCAUUUCUUCCUGCUCAGAGACCGCUUUAGUCAUUUUCCAAAUUCAAAUAUAAAAUAAUUUCCCUCACAUCUGACCACAGUUUGAACACCUGUUUAUAUAUAUAGCUCUAUGGCAAUAAGGAAAAAUGUUAAACUUGGUUAUACCCGACUGUUGUAAUAAUAGUGUUAUAUGGAAAGGCAGGAAAUUAAUUUCUGUUUAGAUUAAUCACUAUGAUACAACAAUGACAAAAAUGUAAAAGAACUAACAAUACUUGUUUUCUUAUUUUCCAGAUGUACAACAUUCGUUAUAAACAAAGCAAGCUAUUUUUUAAAAAUCCACCAAGGUUAAUAUAUUUCUAUUGUUUUUAAUCCUCAGGAUAUAACAGAUACAACAAUACUACUAACGCACAUAACAUACCACAGGUUGUUUCUACUGACCUAUUAUCACAGAAGAAAUACUACAUGUUGGUUGUACUGAACCUAUUAUACCAGAUGACAUACUACAGGUUGUUUCUAUGAUCCCAUUAUUCCAAAUGACAUACAAGUUGUUUCUACAAUCCUAUUAUCCCAAAUGACAUACAAGUUGUUUCUACUGGUCCUAUUAUACCAGAUGACAUACUACAGGUUGUUUCUACAAUCCUAUUAUCCAAAAUGACAUACUACAGGUUGUUUCUACAAUCCUAUUAUCCCAAAUGACAUACAAGUUGUUUCUACUGGUCCUAUUAUACCAGAUGACAUACUACAGGUUGUUUCUAUGAUCCCAUUAUUCCAAAUGACAUACAAGUUGUUUCUACUGAUCCUAUUACACCAGAUCUUGUACUAUAGAUUGUUUCUGCUGAUCUCAUCAAUACUAAUAAAAGACUAGAAGUUGGAUCUACUGUUGUACUUAGUGAUGUUUCCAAAUAAUGUUUUUUUUAACCUUGUAUCCUGACAGACUUUUUUUUUCCUUGUAACUAGAGGCAGUUGUUUUUUAUUCUAUGUAACCAAGAAGAACUUAUUUUUGUUUCAUAUAAUUAGGUGUGGUUAUUAUCUUUGUUUCAUUUAAUCAGAUAAUUUUUAUUUUUCGUUUGAAAUAACCAGCUAAAGAUCUUUAUUGUCAUUUCAUGUAACCAGGCAGAUUUCAUUUCAUAUAACCAGGUGGAGUUAUUAUUUCUAUUCAUGUAACCAGAGGUUAAAGUUCCUGUAAGCUUUUCUAUUGCUUUAACUUUUAAAGUUUUGAAUGUCUGUCAGUGUACUAAGAAAACACAGCUGUUAAGUGUAAUGCACUUUAAGAAUAAAUAAAACUCAAGUUGAGGAAUGACAAGUCUGCAGUAACUGAAUCUUUCUGAGAACUGCAUGUACAUCCACCGUUUGUGCACAAA